UCAACGAGGAUAUGUGUUUGUGCUGAAGCCAGGAGGCAGUUAGUUCCAGGACUCAGUAGUUACUUAUUGACAAGGUUUUAAAAGUUAUUCUGCGUACAAGGGGGUAUCAGUAAAAAAAGGAAGAAUGGCUCAACCACUGAAGAACUUCCUUGAAAACAAGCCGCUUGACAAGACAAAAAAAGAUCCUAAGCGGAUGUCAGUGGAGAGGAUCUAUCAGAAGAAGACCCAGUUGGAGCACAUUUUGCUUCGACCGGACUCCUACAUCGGCUCUGUGGAGCCCGUCACCCAACAAUUGUGGGUGUAUGAUGAGGUGCUGGGACUGAACUCCCGUGAUGUGACAUUUGUGCCUGGGCUUUACAAGAUUUUUGACGAGAUCCUUGUAAACGCAGCUGACAACAAGCAGAGGGACAAGAGUAUGAACUGUAUCAAGAUCAACAUUGAUGUUGAAAACAACACCAUCAGUGUGUGGAAUAAUGGGAAGGGUAUUCCUGUGGUGCAGCACAAGGUGGAGAAGGUCUUUGUGCCGGCUCUCAUCUUUGGACAGCUCCUCACCUCCAGUAACUAUGAUGACGACGAGAAGAAAGUCACUGGUGGACGCAAUGGAUAUGGUGCUAAGCUUUGCAACAUUUUUAGCACCAAGUUCACUGUGGAGACUGCCUGUAAAGAGUCAAAGAAGAAUUUCAAGCAGACUUGGUAUGACAACAUGAGCAGGACAGGGGAUUCUAACAUCACACCCUUUGGGGGAGAUGAGUUCACUUGCAUCACCUUCACACCAGACCUGUCCAAGUUUAAAAUGAGCACCCUGGACAAAGACACAGUGGCUCUGAUGACCAGGAGGGCGUACGACAUCGCUGGAGCCUCCAAAGGUGUCCGUGUGGUCCUCAACGGCAAGAAGAUCCCACUUACAGGCUUCCGUAGCUACGUGGACAUGUAUCUGAAGGACAAGCUGGACGAGGUUGGCAAUCCCCUCACCGUGGUCCACGAAAUCGUCAAUGACCGCUGGGAGGUCUGCCUCACCAUGAGUGAGAAAGGUUUCCAGCAAGUCAGCUUCACCAACAGCAUUGCCACCACCAAGGGAGGGAGGCACGUUGACUAUGUGGCUGACCAGGUGGUCGCGAAGCUCAUUGAUGUGGUGAAGAAGAAGAAUAAAGCCGGGGUGGCCGUCAAGCCUUUCCAGGUGAAGAACCACAUAUGGCUGUUUGUCAAUUGCCUGAUUGAGAACCCCACCUUUGACUCUCAGACCAAAGAGAACAUGACACUGCAGCAGAAGACCUUUGGAUCCGUCUGUCCUCUCAGUGCACACUUCAUUAAAGAGGCCACAUCCUGUGGGAUUGUGGAGAGUAUCAUGAACUGGGUGAAGUUCAAGGCUCAGAAUCAGCUCAACAAGAAAUGCUCGAGUGUUAAACACACCAAAAUCAAAGGGGUGCCUAAACUGGACGACGCCAACGACGCAGGUGGGAAGAACUCCAUCGGCUGCACGCUGAUCCUCACUGAGGGAGACUCAGCCAAGACGUUGGCUGUGUCCGGGCUGGGGGUUGUCGGCAGGGACCGAUAUGGCGUCUUCCCUCUCAGAGGAAAAAUGCUCAACGUCCGGGAGGCCACGCUCAAACAGAUCAUGGAGAACAAUGAGAUCAACAGCGUCAUUAAGAUCCUCGGCCUUCAGUACAAGAAGAACUACAGCGACCCAGAAUCCCUUAAGACUCUGCGCUAUGGCAAGAUCAUGAUCAUGACAGAUCAGGAUCAAGAUGGCUCCCACAUAAAGGGCCUUUUGAUCAACUUCAUCCACCACAACUGGCCGUCUCUGCUGCGCCACAACUUCCUGGAAGAGUUCAUCACCCCCAUCAUCAAGGUGUCGCACAAGAAGGAGCACAUCUCUUUCUACAGUAUCCCUGAAUACAAUGCAUGGAAGGACACGCAGACCAACAUCAAAUCUUGGAGAACAAAAUACUACAAAGGUUUGGGUACCAGCACAUCGCAGGAAGCCAAGGAGUACUUCUCGGAUAUGCAGAAACAUCGCAUCCCGUUCAAGUACGGCGGACCUGCAGACGAUGAAGCUAUCACCCUUGCCUUUAGCAAGAAGAAAAUUGAGGAGAGGAAAGUGUGGCUGACCAACUUCAUGUUGGACCGGCGCCAGCGCAGAGCUCACGACCUGCCUGAGGACUUCCUGUACGGUCAGAACACCAAGUCCCUCUCUUACAAUGACUUUGUCAACAAGGAGCUGGUGCUGUUCUCCAACUCUGACAAUGAGAGGUCCCUCCCGUGCUUGGUGGACGGUCUGAAACCCGGCCAGAGGAAGGUGCUGUUCUGCUGCUUCAAGAGGAACGACAAGCGUGAGGUGAAGGUGGCGCAGCUGGCCGGAUCGGUGGCUGAGAUGUCAGCCUAUCACCAUGGAGAGGUCUCUCUGAUGAUGACCAUUGUUGGGUUGGCUCAGAACUUUGUGGGAAGCAACAACUUGAACAUGCUGCAGCCGAUGGGUCAGUUUGGAACCAGGUUGCACGGAGGCAAGGACUCUGCCAGCCCUCGAUACAUCUUCACCAUGCUCAGCCCUCUGGCUCGCCUCAUCUUCCCAAAUAUGGACGACAACCUUCUCAAGUACAACAUUGACGACAACCAGCGCGUAGAGCCGGAUUGGUAUAUUCCCAUCAUCCCCAUGGUGCUGGUGAACGGCGCCGAGGGCAUCGGCACCGGUUGGGCCAGCAAGAUCCCCAACUUCGACGUCCGAGAGAUCGUCAACAACAUCCGCCGUAUGAUUGCUGGAGAAGAGCCUCAGCCCAUGCUUCCAAACUACAAAGGCUUCAAAGGCACAAUCGACAACGUGGUGGACAACUCGUACUUCGUGAGUGGAGAGGUGGCCAUCAUCGACUCCACCACCAUCGAGAUCUCUGAACUUCCUAUCAAAACAUGGACUCAGAGCUACAAGGAGAACGUUCUGGAGCCCAUGAUGAACGGCACAGAGAAAGUCCCUCCUCUGAUCACUGACUACAAGGAGUACCACACCGACACCACCGUGCGCUUUCUGGUCAAGAUGACCCCCGAGAAGCUGAUCGAAGCCGAGGCUGCCGGCCUCCACAAAGUGUUCAAGCUCCAGACCAGCCUCACCUGCAAUUCUAUGGUAAGAUUUACACACGCAACUGCUUCAAAGACCGGCAAGCAGAGCACUCUUCAGUUCAAGGCUGUGGGGAAGAAGCCCAAGAAGAGCGCGUCGGACGAGGAGUCGGACGAGGAGUCGGACGACAUGUUUGACAAUAUGUCCGACGAUGAAAUGGAUUCAGAGGAAGAGAUCGCCCCCAGGGUCGGUCGGGCAUCUAAAGCUCCGGUGAAGUACAGCAUGUCCGACAGUGAAGAUGAGUUUGAUGACGUGGGAAAGGAGAGUGCUCCUAAACGUAAAGCCGUUAUCAGUGAUGAUGAUAGCUUUCUCCCGGAGCCAAUGGCCGACAGGGAAGUGGACUCUCCAGUCCCUCCCCCAAAAGCGAAGAAGACGGCAAUAAGCAAACCGGCAGCUAAAGCAGCUCAGGCCAAGUCGAGCUCUCAAUCAGGUGAUGCGGUGCCUGCUCCCAAAGCUCCAGUUCAACGUAAACCCAAAGCAGCCGCCCCGAAGAAACCUGCUGCUGCCAGGAAGCCGGCCGCAAAGAAGUCUCCAGUGCUCGAUGUGAGGCAGCCAUCCAUCAUGGAUUCUCUCACCAAAUCGAAACCGGUAUCGAAAACCGCUGCCGAGAACUUCCCGUCGUUUGACUCCAGUGACUCGGAAGCUGAGGCCAAAGCUGCAAAGGCCAAGGCCAAGCCCAAGCCCGUUGUCAAGAGGAAACAGGUCCUUGACGACGACGACGACUCCUCCGACAGCUCGGGCGACCUCAUGUCACGUCUGAAGGGUAAAACAACUGCCGGCAAGAAAACCAAAAGGUGGGACGAGGACGAGAACUUCAAUAUUUCAGACCAGGAAGCAGUGGCUCCCGUUGCCACGGCAGUGCGAGAGGUGCCCGCACGUGCUCGCAAAGCUGUUGUCUACAAAGUGGACUCGGACUCGGACUCAAGUCAGUUUUAGAUUUUGUAUUAAAGACAGGUUCUUAGUUAAACUGUUUAUGCCGUGUGAUUAAUAUGACGUCAUCUUUUAUCACUUGAAGGAUUGCUUUUGGCUUAAAAAGGCCUGCAUUCCUGCAUUCCCUAAAACAUAUCUCGUUUAUUAUAGCAAAAAAUGUUCAUCCUGUCAAAAAUUUUAAAAAAAAGAAACAAAAAAAAUGCUUACUCGUAUGACUGUAUUGAACUUCUUUGAAAGUCUUUUUUUAAUGGCAUUUUUGUAUGUAUUUUUUGUAAUCCAGUCCUUUGUGUGUUGUCUUGUCCUGUAAAUAUUUCAAUGGCUGUUCUUUUAACAUUUAGAAAAAUAAAGUUGACUUUUUGUUUGUAUUGAUUGUU